UUGACAUCCGGGACGUCACGCGGCUGCAUGUUUUAAAUGUGCGUUACCGCGUGGCUCUUCAAAUCUCUUCUGCCUGCGUUGCUGCUUGUCAGCAUUUCGCAUAGCGCCCGCAACUGCGAAGAAGACGACUGUUACUGGCUCAAGCCUGGAACAACACCUAGAGACGCACCAAGGCAAAAAUGUAAACCACGUGAGGAUCGGUUGUACAUUUAUUGUUACAAAGGCAUCGAACUGUUUUCUCCAGAGGCGAUUUUUAGGCUAUGGAGCAGCGUACAUGCUCAAGUUUUCUCCAGCACUAAGAACUAUCAGUUGCUGAGUGGCAAUAGUUCAGCCCAAGUGGUACAAGAGAAGAACAAGAUGGACAGUCGCUGGUUGUAUUGGCCAUGGCACCAGGAUUCCAUGAUGUUGUCACCAUUUGGAGAAUCGUGUUUUGGUCUCGUGUUCACUGUGUCUCGGGCAGAGUUCUACAUUAACACUACCAUUCGAGUGAUUCACUGGCAGUUUCCGGUUUGUCUCUUGGUUGGCUUGUUUCUCUUUUUUGCUGCUGAAAGAAUGAGCAGGAAUCCUCUAUUUUUCUAUAGCUCGGGUAUGACUGUUGGGGUACUAGCAUCAGUUCUUGUUGUUGUCUAUAUCUUGAGUCGCCUGAUGCCAACUAAAACUGGUGCAUAUGCUGUUCUGAUUGGUGGUUGGACGAUCUGCACGUAUUUUCUAAAAUGGAUGCUAGAACACUUUCAAGACACAAUUCUUGAAUACAAAGAAUACAUUGCAGGCUACAUCAUUACUGCUGCACUCCUCAGCUUUGCGAUAUGUUACUACAUUGGACCUCCAACAGAAUCACGACGUCAAAACCUUGCCAAAUGGAUGAUCCAAUUGGCUGCGCUCUUUCUUCUCUACUGGAGUACACAAGUGAAAGAAGCAUCAGCUGCAGUAAUUAUUGUUGUGUUGACAUUGUACAUGCUGCCUCCUGCUGUCACAGAUAGAUUUCACACUAUGUGGUUUAGGAUGUUUCCCCCACGAAUUAAGUUGCUGACCGAGUUCGAGUACAGAAAGCAGGCUGUUGAGUUCACGCGUGAUCAGUUGGAUUCUCUUCGAGAACGAUGUCAAGAUCCUGAAUUUGAUGCGUGGGGCACAAUUCAGAGAUUAAAGAACCCAAUGAGAUUUGCAAAGUUUGUACAAGGAACCGAUCAUGUGUCUGAAGAGGAGGCGGAAAGCUAUGAAGUUGAGGAGACAGGUGGAUUUCAGUCAUUACUGUCCAGUAGAGGAGAGGAGGACGACAUAGAGGAUUGAUUUUACUUAGCAUAGCUCUUACUUGUUACAGCAGCAGACAGGCAGGAAUUAAGCAGUGCAUGCACAAAUAGUCAUGCUUUGUGGACUAGACUACUUACUUUAGUCUUUUCGUGGCUGAUCGCAGACAUUUCUAUAUUGCAACAGGAUUUCUUAUUAUAAAAUUAGGGUUUCAAUA